AUGAACUAUAUCACGGCUCGCAAUAUUCACAGCUGCCUUAUCGCAUUCGUUGCUCAGAAUCUUAAACUAACUAAUCCUCUCGCCUUUUCAGUAAUCAACCUCGUCUGUGUUUUGGCUUCUGUUUGUUCAGAGUAUGAUCCUGUACCGCAGAAAGGCCGAUAACAACCGCAUAGCACAAAUAAGGUUCUACAAACGGGUUACCGGUUUAUAACUGCAGUUAAUGAAUCACUUUUGUAAGACAAACAGCAUAUCACCCCGUGAUAUAGUCAUAGGAUUCUUCUCAAUAUCAUGAAUAUACUAACAGCAUGAGAAGCAGAGAACAGACAUUUUGCCUUUCCGGGAUUUUAUUUCCAUUUUUUAUUUCUUCUGUUCACACUAGCUACAUAGGGACUACAUCUAGUAAGCUCGCUUUGUAAACCAUACUUCAAUAUGUUAAAGAUUGUCCAAUUAAACUUUGGCCGUUGCAGUCGCCAAACUAUUAUGAGCUGAAAUUAAUUGGCCCCUUAUUGGGUCGACCCAAAUUAGCAAAGUGCACACUUUGGGUCAGACGUCGAUUUCGGUCCAGUUAAAAGCAACCAGCGACGCGGAUAAAUUUCAAGAUACGAUAUAAUCUUAAGAACUUAUUCAUUGUUGUUUGGCAAAUAAACUGUUGAUUAUCUAAAUCAAAGUCGCUCCAAGGUCGAAAGUCUUGCAUUGGCCGAGCCAGGCGGGAACAACAGCUAAACAGUUACAAAUUGAAAUACGUGUGGGCGUUUCUAAUUGACUCGGACGCCAAACUUUUCACGUACUUCAACGUGCAUGUAUUAGUUUUGGCUCCUGAAAAUUCGGAGAGGCUAUUCGGUUACUGUCGCGACCCCGUCGCGACCCAGUAGCUAAGGGACGGACCAUUAGAAAAGUUAUGGGGGGGGAGGGGAAUUUUCUAGCUGCAAGAAUUUUUUUUUCGUUUUCAAAUUCUUUGCAUGAAUUUUAAUUAGGCCAUUGCAUGAAUAUUUUUUAGGGUUAAUGGGCGUGCCUGAAUUUUUUUCCAUUUAGUUUUCCCUUCCGCGAAUAUUUUUUUUGUACUUCCCCCCCCCCCCCCCCCAUAAGUUUUCUAAUGGUCCAUCCCUAAGUUUUUCUCACUUUCUCCAUGCAAACGAUGUUAUCAAACAAAUUAGCUGUUAGUGGCUGCCUUUAAAACAAAUUAAAAAUCAGUUAAAUUAGUUUGAAACAAUUCAAGUGGAUGCUUAUGUUAUCAUUAAGCGGCGCUCACUCGUUUAUUGACAAAUAGCACAUAACACUUUUUUAACAAACGAGAAUGGUACUGGGUUGUUCGUCUUUAAAUAUAUUAGGAAUGUAGUAUUUAUAAAAUAUACUCUGAUCCAUUAGUGGAAUGACGUAUUUCCUUCAGUCAUAAUUAGUAGUCGAUAACUCCGUUUAAGAAACUUUUAUUAUAUAUAUUGAGUAGUUUUUUUUCAUGUUGUCGAAUAAUAUUUCGGUACCUUUAUUUGGUUCUUAGUCGUCAUAGUCGGUAACCCCAAAAAAGAUUAGAAAAGUUUGCAAAAUUCUGAAUUUCAUACAUAAAGAAGAAGAGCUCUUCCGGAAAGUUAAGCACCUUUCCUUGUAAUGAACAUUUUAGUUCUAAAUUUGGUAAUUUAGUGAUCCCAAGAAUGCACAGCUCACUUAAAUUUAGAUUUGUUUAUCGGCACUUAACUUACAAGCUUGUAUGGCGCGGCUUCAUUAUCAAGAUUUGUCUCAUUCUUAACCUUGUACUCAAAGUCAAAGUUGGGUCGGAUAAUCGUGAAUCUGUUGAGGUUAGUACAAUUUCCUGAACAGUGACUCGGUACUCAAGCGAAGAUUGAAACGAGGCUUUUUAUUGCGACGUGCUGAAACUCAAGAAAGACCAAUCAUCCAAACAAAGGCUGUUCACCAACUUUUGCUGUGUACCGGUGUGUGGCCAUUUUGUAUACCCUGCACCAAGGCGGUUACAAAGCGUCUGUGUUUCAAUCUGUGGAAGAAAUCUCAACUAUUAUUGUUUAAACAAAAGGUUUUUGGUCCUUUGAGUAUGGAGAGACUAGAAAUUAUUUAAGAAUAAUGAAGGCAUUAUUUAAGCAAUAGAAAACACUUUCUUUGGGUUUACUGGCUUGAUAACCCACUCGGGAUGUUGGGGGAACACCAGAAAAGCUUGUAAAUCACUCGCCUUCGGCUCGUUAUUUACAAGCUUUUCGAGUGUUCUCCCAACAUCCCAAGUGGGUUAUCACGCCAGUAAACCCAUAGAAAGUAUGGUCUAUUGCUUUUAUAAAAUAACUUUAAGUUUUCUAUGAGUUUACCGGCACAACAGACCAUGGGUUUUUAACCAAUUUGAACGCGCGUACUAUCUUAGCUACUUUAUUAAUAGCACUAUUGUUGUUGAUUAGCUUUUUAAUAGCCUUAUCAACCUUGUGGUGGUCUAAUACUAUAUAUUUUUAAUUACAGAAAGGGAAGCGAAUAUCGGUUCUCGAUUAAAUUCCGAUAUAGCAUUUUUUUUUUCAAAUUAUUGCACAAAUAACGACCAGAAGAAAUCCUAAAACAUGUAUUUUUGCAUCAGAUCUCAACUUAUAGUUGGCUGCCCUCGCACUGGUACUCAGCUUUUCUCAGAUCACUUUUGUCUCGACUGCACAUGAUUGUUAAUCAGACACGUUGUGAAUGCUGGGAUCCCGUAACUGAGUUCGUAAUUGUGAUUGGUGAAACAUUACAGUGAUAACUGUAAAACUGUUUGCGGGAGGAUUCAGGUAGAUUUCACUAAGCUGUAUCUUGGAAGAUGAGCCUGCUAAACCUUGAAGACGAACUGUCAAGGGAGUUUUUGUAAUAGUUUGCAGUCAAGAUUGUCUGCGGGUACUCUUAGCUUUUCUUUGUUUGCACUAGCGCGGGCAAGGAACAGUUUUUAGUGAAUCAGUGGAAGAAAAGCAAAGUUCUAUAUGUCAGACGUGACAAGAUUCCACGAUGACAUAACUUUGAAAAAAAUACCCAGACUUUUCAAGUUGUAAUCCUCUCCAGACCAAUGGGAAAUAUAAUGGGGAAAGGGAGCGAAUGACGGGAUGAACGCGAAGCAAGCGGGGGAUUGAACAGGGAAAACGGGCUGAGCUGUUUGUAACAAAGUUUCUCUUUUGUUGAAGGUUUCCUCAAAGACGUGGCUUUCGAAGGAUCUCUGUUGGUUUAUUGGUCGAAACUCUCCUCAAGAGCGUUCUACUCGGUGUGAAGCGAAAGCGCUUCUUCAGAUUGUCCUCAGAGGACGACUCAUCAUAAGUGUUGGAAAAUCUUGCUUGUUUUAAAGAAAGUCUUCAGUUAGAAGGAGAAACCACAAACUCCUAACAACAUGGCAACUACCGCAAAUGCAAGGAUGCGGGUAACAAUUUUUUUUUUUUUAAUUAAAUGCUAAAUGAUAGUUUCUCUUUUAGUGAAGGCUUAAAACCAAAAGUUGUCUUUUUACUCAUAAAACCUAUAGUACACUGACUACAAUGUAUUUUCUCUUGGGUACCAAAGGACCCAAAUGUUUUAUCUCGUACAAGUACUUCCUAAGAACCUGUUUUCACAGGAACGGACGAAUUUUUUACUGUGAAACCCGUUUACACGGAACCAUGCAAAUUCUGUUACAAAUUGUGGUAUAGCUUACCAUUCAAAAACUUGCUUGAUCGCUUGCGUCGACUGUCCCGUGUAAACGAAAUGUAGCCUGGCAGACUUAAUCAAACCCUGAGUGCGACGCAGCAGGCUAACGAAAAGCGGAUCCGUGCAAGUUUUUGUUCAUUUAAAAAUUUGUCUGGACGCGUGUAAACUGGAUCAGAUUAGUGUCGUAUGUUUCGACAGACCAAUUUACUUACACUUUAAUUUAGUUUAGCUUGUACCUACACCAUAAGUAAGGACAGUAAGUCGUGUGUCGAGCGGUUAAAGCAGCUAAAAAUCCGUUUUUGCUAUCUAUGCAAGUGAAUACAUCCAGCAAACAAGACUCAAAUGGAUGUUCCUAAAGGUCUUUUGCCUUUCCUGCAGGAGCAUUUUAAAAGAUAUUGUCGCAUCCUAAUCGCACGUGGCAAGACGAUUAUUUUUAACAUAACUGAGGCUUUUUCAGGCUUACCGCCGGUCUGCCGGCCGAGCGAUGGGACUUGGGUUCAAACUGCCAACCAAAAGAUCACACUGGCUAUGAUUAAGAUCUUGUCCUGCCAGUUCAGCAGUGACGCUAAGCCGUUAGCGUUGUCUCCUUCUCCCUUCUUUCAUUGGUCGAAUCACAUCACUAUUCAAAAAUGUUGGUAGAAGUUUUCCGGGUUAUGUGUUCUACCUCAUUCUCUCACAGGCUCGUUAAAUAAAAAUGGACCGGUAGCGGGUACCAGUGGCGCCCUUAUAUGCUUACGUCCGAGCUUACAUUUUAACUUAUUUCAUGUAAAGAGGAUGCGUCUCUUAUCCUCCCACCCACGAUAUUUCAGUCUUUUUUAAAUUCAAAAGUUUGUUAUGCUGCCCAAGGUCUACUGUUUAUAAGUCAGAGGGGGGAACUGCUAGAUCGUACCAGUAAAGCAAGCUUAUUUAUAAUAGCAAAAAAAAUGCUUUGUUUGGUGAAAGGCCACUUUAACACUAUAGCUAAUUUGUAGGAACAAAUAAUCCACAUAGCACAUAAUAAAGAUAACAUUUAAAAUUUGAAAUAAUGAUAAUAAGAUUAAACAUAUAUUCACAUAGCACAUUAAACAUUAAAUAUACAUCCACAUGAUAAAGAUAACAUUUCAAAUUUGAAACAAUAUGAUUAAAAAGCUCCACUUUUUCUUAACUUGUUCUUUCAGAGAUUCAAUGCCCCCGUAAAACGCGAGGAAAACAAACCAGAAUGGGUAACGCACACCCUAAAGAAAACCUCCGCUGGUAGAUCAGGUGUUGCAUCGCUGGCUUCACGUAGUACACAGAAUGAGGCUUCAGAGGAAACGAACAAUGAAAGGAAGACGAAUGCUUCCAAGUCUCUUUCCAGAGGAUUAGCAGCUCUGCUUGAGCGAGAUAAAAUUUUCAGUUCUCAAGAUGCAGUUAAAGACAAAAACUCUGAGGAUAAGCGAGCGGAAGAACCUGAAGAAACUAAAGAAGUUCCUAAGAAUGAUGCAAACGUUAUUUCGGAAAAUUCCAAACCCACUGCUGCAACUCAGCGGACGGUUCACAAGGCUCCUCAAGUUCAGCAGAUUCAAACAGGUUCUGUGAGUAUGGACACAAAAUCAGAAAAUUCGAAACCCAUUUCUCCUACCCAGCGAUUUGUGCCCUGGGCUCCGCAGGUUAAACAGGCUCAAACCGGUUUGGUCGCUGACGUAGCCAAACCAAUCACAGAUCAAGAUGGCGAGAAAAUACUUUUAAAAAAAGCCGUCCAAGAAGGAAAGGUUACUCAGGUAAAACCAACCACCCAAACAUAUGUGGCCAAGUCUCCUGUCAUUGUUAUGGGGAGAAAGAGUGGUCCCGAGGGACUUCCCGAAACAAGCAAAGAAAACAAAAGUAGCCUUGACAAAGGUAUUGUCACGUCUUCUGUAAAAACGUCACCUUUUAAAAAACAAGAAGACAAGGAGUGUGACCCUAAUGUGUUGGGCAGUUCAGAAGAAAAAAUGGUAAAUGGCAUUCAUGAGGCAAAGAAAACUGAACCCGCGAAAACUAAGGAAGAUACACAAGUUGUCGCAAGUGUCCAUCAAAUGAAGACGGUCGAAUCAGAAAACGAAACGGUUAAAUUUCUUAAAGAGGAAAUAGAAAGGAUAAAGGCUGAGCAUGAAAAGGAAAUAAAGCGAUAUCAAGAAAUGAUAAGCGAGAUGGAGAGCCGGCUGGAGAGUGAAACUUCUGAUAAUUCCCGAUCAAGCUCUGUAUCAAGUGAACCGUCACCAGCUUCCCCUCCCCCUCCCCCACCAGGACCUGUUCCUGCGCCGCCUCCACCACCACCACCACCCCCAGGGGUAGGGAGUCCUCCUCCACCACCACCACCACCUCCUCCUGGCUCUGCAAGCGCUCCUCCCCCACCUCCACCUCUUCCUGGCGGGGCACCCCCUCCACCGCCUCCCCCCAUGGGUCCUGGUGCACGUCGCUUUGGAGGACCUGCCAAACCAAAGAAAGCAGCCGUCAAACCUGACGUGGAAAUGAAGCCUUUGUUUUGGACAAGAAUACUCAUAUCAGGUUAGUUUUCCGCCAAGCAUUAUCUUUCAUAGUCAUUGCCUCGCCUUUGGAAAAGGAAAGGGUACGAGCCUGCACUCUUUUCCCUUCACCUCCAGUUCCUUGAGUACCGCUUUAAAAAUUGUAAGAGGUAUGGGGAUCAGUUUAGAGAAUUAACAUGUGGAUAGCUGGCCUUUAAGGGGUUUAAACCUCGCUCUAAGUUAGACUCAGACUUGAUUCUUCAUUUUGUCUUCAGAUGAGACAGACACUGGAGACGUAAACAACAACAAACCCAAGAACACAGUUUGGAAAAACAUGAAGGAAAUGGACUUCAACAGAAAGGAAUUCCAAAAGUAAGAUUUGAUGCUAAACUAUGAUUUUUUUUUCACAAGAUAGUUCACAGAAUACUGUAAUACAGACAACCACAUCUGCUUGUAUAUAACAAAGACUUAGACUUACUAUUAUUUUUUUUGUAUGAAGGAUGUUUGGUCGGAAGAUUAACAAGAAGGCGAAAUACGAUCACAGAAAAUCCCUCCAUGAGGACAGCCAUUUUUCACUUUCCAAAGGACAACACGUGAGUUAAAUUAAAUUGUUGCUCUUGUUUUUUUCUUUUCUCUCUUUAAGAAGCAGAUGAUCAUCAAACUUCUCGGAGGCACUUCAAGAAAUGAAAUAUUUUGUACUUACAAGGCCAGUAAUAACGUUUGAUUCAGCCCAAAAGAAAGCUUUAAAUCAAAGAUAAAAAAGAUAAAAGCUUUUUUUAUUGGUGAUAAGGGAGGGAAUUCACGAUUGGGUCAAUAGGACAAUUGCACGAUGACGUCAUUUUACUACAACUACCAGAAUCCUUGAGUUUGUUGUUUUCUUGUGCAAAUUAAGGGUAUUGUUCUUUGAUCCUCAGUGGAAUUGACAAAUUUAAACAACAAAAGCAAAACCGAAAUGAAUUCUGGUAGUUGUGGUCAAAUAUCGUCAUCGUGCAAUUGUCCUAUAUCAUACAACGACACUUAUUUUUGUUUGUUGUUUGUUCGUUUAUUUUUUCACCAGGCCGCUAAGCUUUUGGAUAAUGGUCGGUCACAGACUAUUGGAAUCAUCAUGAGUAGUUUGAGCUGUCAGCUGGAUGACGUCAAGACCGCUGUGUAUAAAAUGGACAAUUCUGUUCUUGAUAUGGACGGGUAAGAUUGCCAACAAACGUCACGGGAUUAGCUUUACGGUCUAUAUACUUUGGGUCACUUUAGUAAAAAUAGCAAGAUACACCUCUGAAUUACUUAAAUGUCGGACUUAAUCAAACAAUACCCCACUAGAAAAGAAACUACAAACAUGUUUUCGGAACCAUUCCUAAGCAGUGAACGAUGACAGAUCAGGAUAUCACAAUUCAAAUACGAAAAAAUAUACGUUUCAGAAAAAAUACUCUUGUAAAGCUUCCUUUUAUGAAAAGAUAAAAAGAUAAAGGAUAUAUGACUGGUCUUACUUACCUCUAGUUAGGAUUCUAACCCGGUAAAAAUGUCACACAAAAAACACCGUAACAACACGACGUGCGAAGGAAAACUCCGCCAUAUUGGAAGAAACACAAUCGCAAUGCACUGUGGGAAGACGUUCACCCCUCCUCUGAUGGUCUACAUUUGAUCACUGAAGACGGGGUCCGAGUCUGUUUUCACUCAGUCUCUAGUUCUGGCCUGUAACUGUCCGUUGUACUAUCCCUGUCUAUCCCUAUCCGCUAUUGUUUUUUGUUUCACACUUUGGGUGUCGAAGACUAAGACCGUGAUUUUAGUUGAGUUAGUGAACUGCUAUCCACUGCAUGAGAUCAUUAAUCUUUAUGAGAGCAUUUGUUCUAACUCAUUUUCAGACUAAAGGCGUUGUAUGAUAUUCGCCCGAAAUCAGACGAGAUCGAACUGAUCACAAAAUACCAACAAGAAAAUCCCACCGGUAAGACAAAAUCAACUUCUGUCUUAAUUACACCAACUUUUGCUAAAUGCAAUAAUUAAUCUCUUUUCUUCUCCCAUCAGGAAAACGUACUGAAUAUAAUAUUUAGCAGUUCUCUUGUCUUGCUCGUCUGCCAUUCAAAUGUAUAACGCAAGAGAGAAUGAUUUUUCCCGUUCGCCAUCUUUUUCAGUACCUCUGGACAAACCAGAAGAAUUUUUGCUUCAAAUACACAAAAUGGACCACUUUGCAGAAAGGCUGGAGUGUUGGUUGUACAAAAAUAAAUUCACAGAAACAAUAACCGCCAUUGGUAAGAGCUUUUUAUACUUGUCUUCCAUUGGUUAAGUCUAAAAAGAAAAGGAGCAACAUGAGCAACUUUUAAGUUUCUUAUGCCAAGUUUCUGGACGAAAUGAUUUAUGGUCUCGCCUUUCAAACAGUAUCUGUUGACCUCGGUUCACUUACGCAGUACCACAUGCUUUUCGAAAUAUUGGAUCUUUCUUUUCAAAUUUUUCCUUGGGUGCUCCUUCGUCUGAGCUACAUUGAUUUGCACUAAAUGUUAUAUUUUUUCUUGGAUCUUUAGAUAGAAGAUUGUCUGCAAUAGGAGAGGCCAGUAGUCUACUACGUACAAAGUAAGUCCGACCAUCUUUGCUACUAUUUCAUCCUAUGCGUUGUUAAUUAUAGGCGCUAAUACCGGUAUAUUUAUUUUUUCAAUGAACAUUUUCAGUUCGUUCUUGCUUCAAGAGUACUGACGUACAGAAACUAAGUCAAUGAAAAUUAGUUGUGGUAACGUAGAGUAUUUCGCAAAAAAAAUGUUUAACUGAAGACUGAAAAAAUCUCUGGAAAUUUUUACUGCAUGGGCUCCUUGUUUACUGCCUAUUUAACCAACUUAAAAUCGAGUAGUGAUCUCAAAUUAGGUAUUCUGGUUAGCACAGCUGGGAUAUCGACCAGGAGAUAAUGGCAAUGAUAAUUUAGUAGUUAUAUUUUCUCAUGAGGUGUUUUUCUUUCAUGUUUUAGCAAGGAUAUUUCAUUCGUCCUUUCUAUUCUCCUGACCUUGGGAAACUUUAUGAAUGGAGGAACAAACAGAGGUCAAGCGGACGGAUUUCAAUUAGGAGUGCUUAAUAAAGUAAAGGACGUCAAAACACAGGUGAGACACUGAGCCCAGAACCGCGUUGAGGACCUUCAUGUAUUCCCUAUGGGAAGAAGAGCUGGAGAAGGCCUUAUGUGCCUACUGGUGCGAUGAGAACUGAUGAUGAUGAAGACAAACAAUUUGUGCUAACUACUAGUAUACCCUCUUCUUUUCAACUGUCUCUGUCACUAACGUGUGAAAAGAUUUUUGUCCGCCAAUAGUCACCAGAGAGAAACUUUAUAAUCGAGGGACCUUACAACCAAACAAAAGCAAAGUAAAUACUCCCUGGAUUAUCCUAGCAGAUGAAAAAAGUUCGAAGCAAUCACAAAAUAAACGAACAAGGAUCAAGACAAGUAUAACGGGUAAAGAAUGUGCGAAGUUCCCGUUGGAUUUGCUACCUUUUAAUAUCAGACAGAGACAAAUGAAUUUAAAGCGUCCACGAAGCACGACAGGUCUGAGGACCAAAGCAAUCGCAAAUUUAUUUUCGUUAAAACUGAAAAGCGCUUUUCACUUUUCAGGAUAGCAACACUAAUCUGAUGCAGUAUGUUGUCAAACUUUACUGUGACAAGAGGCAGGACGGUCAACCGGGAGACUAUCUCUUACCAGACCCCUACUCUGUCCUGGCCGCUUCUCAGGUAAACCACAAUGCAUUGCAAUCUUAACACAAAGAUCAGAUGUCCUAAUAAAAUCAUACCCAAGCAUCUUACUAAUCUUUCGGUGAAAUAUCUCUACCGGCUAAACCUAAAACAAACAGGUGGUAUAGUGAAUGGAGUAGACAGUUAUUGAAGAGAAGAUGAAUUCUCUCCUGCAGUUGCCUAUUACUUUUCAUAAAGAUAGUUAAUUUAGUUAGUGGAUCCCUCCAAACACGCACUCGCGCGCGGAAUAAAUCGGCUCUCGAGAGUCGGCGUGGAGGUGGAGGAGAAAAAUCUUAUACUUGCCCUCCUUUUUGGAAUACUGCUAAUGUAAGUUUUUUCAGAAAUUAAUUUGUCUCUUCCUUUGUACAGGUUUCCUUCAAGGAUAUCAAAGCAGGUAAUUUUAAACUUUUGUAACAUUUACCUUUUCACUUUUUUGGGUUUCACAAUAUUUUAAUUUAAGGUCGCGAGGUUUUUCCAUCCAGUGGUAAUUUGAUAUUUUGUCAUCUUUCUUUUUAGAGCUCGCCGAGGCAAAGAUUUCAUUAGCAACGUGUAAAGCUAAGGUACGUCAUUCUUUACAACUUUAUAUCGUUUGAAGUCAGCAAAGUAAAAGUAACCUUAAUUCUAAAGGGCAGCCGCACUAAUCACUAUAAAAAUGUUCUCCGUAGUAUAGUGGCGCUUUUGUUGUAACAAUGAGCCCUUCUUCUCGUACCUGGAACAGGCUAUUCCUUGACUUUUCUGUGAUAUUCCCCUUUAGGUUAAGACAGAAAAAAAAACGUAAAAACGCAUAGUAAGAUAGGCAAAUGUAGAUUCUGCGGAGAAUUUCGCUGCCACAGCUCUUUCUAUCAGCAUUUGGUAUUUCUUACGUUAUUAUUAAAGAUCUCUAUUCUUGCAGGCAGAGAUGGUACUGGGAGGUGAAAAUUCAUCGCACCGCGAGCCCUUUGAGAGUUUUGUGAAAGAAUAUUUGUCAACAGGUAUGAAUAUUUAAGCAUGAUGUGGCUCUCAAUUUCACCUGACUUCAUCUUUAAUACUGGAUUUCGUCCACAGACUUACUGUCUGGAAGGAGGUCGCAAAUUCAUCUCUUUUUGCCUGGAACAGGUCUAGAGUCUCGAAGACUCAGCGGUAAACCCCCAUAAAAAAGUUUAGGGAGUACUCCCCAGGCCUCCAUGUACGACUGUCCCUCGUUAACGUCCACCUAUCCAAAAUACUAUUAAUAUUUAUUUCUCCCUGUAAAAGCACUAUAGUUGGCACCUCUCUUAAGCAACAUGAAAUAUUGACAUUUUAGACGGUCGCUAACUGGCGUUUUAAUGUCUUUCAACUGCAUUAUGGUUUUCUUUUUGCAGGUGAAAAGGACCUUUCUCGUUUGCAAGGAAAGGUCCAAGCAACAGUGGACGACUUUAAGGACGUGGUCAAUUAUUUUCAAUAUACUGGGGAAGGAGAAGAGGUAUUUCUCUUUACCUUUGCUGUAUUGGCCAUCUUAAUGAUGGUGUCUAUUAUAUAAAGGAAACGACUUAAACGUUUCAGGAUCUUGUUUCCAUGUGCAAACAGGUCUUUCCGAGUUGGCAUAUUGUGUAAUCCUUUCAUACUGUAUGAUUUGAAUAACAAAGAAUUAGCAAAAUGUAUUCUGGAUUGGUAGUUGUAGUUAAGUGACGCCAUCCUGAAAAUGGAUUAUGAGUAAUGUAAGAGAAGUAAGUAUAUAAAAGAAGCCUAAGAGUGUGUCUUCAUUAACUUUGUUACGGUACUCUUAACUUUUAGGCUACACCACCUUUGUUGUUUGGUAUCUGGGGAAACUUUUUAGAGAUUUUCAAGAAUUACUGGAAGGUAAGUAAUCUAACUCAAUAGUAAGAAGAUACUUUUACUUUGAGUUGAUAAUGGUUAUGCAAGUGCAAUCCCCUAAAGGUACACCCGUCUUUUAGCCUGUCAAGCCUUUCCUAGUCAAGCGUUUCUCUUUUUUCCCAUGAUUCAAGUCAUUAUGUUAAAAAAUUAAUAUGGCAAGGAAGUCAUUUUGAAGUAAAUGAUAAAGAAAUGCAUCUAAUUACUACUCAUUUAGGAAAAAGUGGGAAAACCUAACUAAAACCGGGAAGGGUUGUGAGGUUCGCUUUCGAAAAAUUUCCAGUUUCUGGUUUCCAUUCCCUUGGCCUUCUUUUUGAAGUUUAUGGAGAUUAUGGAAAACGCCUCUUACAUGUCACGUGUUGGUGCGCCCAGGCCCAAUUCUCAAAUCAGGCCAGUUUCGUAGUCAAGUCAAUUGGCGUUAGAGUCUGGUGCUCUUUGGUCAGCGGGUGGUUGCAAGAAUAGCUCCUUGCGUCCGCCUGCUAACCAGGAACCCAGAGGACUCGAGGUUUGAGAUUGUUGUUGCAGCCCAAAAAGAAUUUUCUUUUAAGGUCUUCUAAGGCAUCAGUACUUUGGAUAAACUUUACGUUCUACAGGUAUCAUAUUGUUACAACAGCUCUCCAAAUUCAUCCAAUACAAGAGCCACAUUUUGGUACUCUUUGCGGACUAGGGUGGAUAAAACUGACACAGGGAUUGGAAUUCAGUUGUGUAUGUUUGGAAUCCGACUCUAACGACCAGGCCCGGGUUGCUCGAAGCAUGGUUAGUGCUAACCAGCGUUAAAUACCAUGGAAACCUAUACAUUUUGAUACCUCUUAACCAACGGUUAGAGCUAACCAGGCUUCGAGCAACCGGCCUCAGGUCUCAUCACUCUCAUGACAUACAUCCUACUUUUUUUCCUCUGGAAGUUAUCCUUCACAGAGUUUUGUUUUCUUAACCAUUCCAGGCUGAACAGAUUAACAUGUCUAAACGGACGUUUUGCAAUGCAGAUCAUCUCAAACAGGUUGGUAUUUUUUGUCCACUGUUGAAAACGGGGUAAUCAUGUAUACUAAAAUGACUGAUUGAAACACAUCUUUUCUGGUCCCACUGCGGCAUCUUCCCAGGCCUUCUCGGUCAAUUCAUUUAGGUAACGCAACCGAGUCGAACGGCCGCAAACUCGCUCGGGUCACGAGACCCGCGCGGAAUAAUGAGGCCUUAAGACGAGACCAAAACGAAUCCACACUGCAAGUUAAUUUGCGAAGUUUUGAUAGUUUGCCUCAUUUCAUAUUUCAGAUACGAGCGACAGCUACCAAGUUUAAGAAGAACAGGCAGUAAUGAACAACAAGAGGGGGAAAGACAUGAAAAGAAUUAAAGGGGCUGUGUCACGGCAGUCCAGUUCAUUUUGUUUAGUUUUUCCAAUUACUCACCCUUAAUCGCUAUGGAACUUAAAGUAAGCAAAGGAAUUACAUGUAAAUGACAAAAUCAGAGAUCCGUGACAAACAAAUGUGUCUCCUGAGCAUUAUUUUUGAAGUUGCAAGCAGCGGGGAUCAACUUUGAAAAACUGUUGGGCUGAACAGUUUUCAAAAACCCUAAUUUCAAUCCGUUUCAAUCUUCUUCAGGUUUGUCCAUCCGUGGCACCUGUUGUUUCUGUUAUGUUAUUUUAACCUUCCUUUAAAGUUUUAAGCAGUUAUUUUUAUGUUUCUCUUAAUUUAACGGGCAUUUUAUAAUUUCCUAAUUUUGCUGAAUUUCGUGACACAGCUCCUUUAAAGUUGCGUCGUUGCCGGUACUUUCGUUGAAAACUGAAUUAGUUUAGAAUAAGUUAAAUUCUGCAAAUAGAAAGCAAUUAGACAACUAUUUUAAAGAGUUUACAACUUUCUCUACGAUUAUAAAUUUCAUAUUCUUUGUUAAUUAUCUUAGUUACUAUUCCACUCCUAUCAAACGAAAAAUCGUUUUCAAACAGUUUAAAGGUGAAUUCUGCAAAAUUAAGACCAUACAAUCAUACCAUCUACGCGGUAGUGAUUCUUUUUUUUCCUCCGGGAAAUAAGGAUAAGUUUUGAAAUUAUUGCAGUUAUCAUUUCGCUUUCAAUAGAUAUAUACAUACACUAUGAAACCGACAUCUAUCCAUUCACUCACUCAUUAAAAAGUGUCAGCCUCAAUAAAUCUGUAGUUUACUACACCACACACAGCCCUCGGCUCAGUAACCAAUUAGAUAUGGUAGAUAUCUUUUUCAUCGUUUGUAUUGCUUGUGUGUAAUGGAAAAGAAGUCGAUCACUAUAUUACAGAAGUAUAUAAUUGCCUUAGAAUUUUUUCUUUUUGUUCAAUUUAUUUCGUAGUUAUAUCAUUUCACGACAUAUUAUCAUAGUUAGUAGAAAGAUUUUAUUUAGACUGACGUUUACUGAAGACGGCGUUAGUUCACGUUGAGAAUUUCUCAAAAUAGAAAGCGUGCAACUAGAAACAGUCCAAAACAAUUGUUGUAGACAAAACUAACGUGAAGCUACUAAUUUUGGGGUAGAAGAAAUGAACAGUAAAGCACAAAUUAAGGGAAAGCUUGUCCACGUGGUACAAAUUAGCGUUUGCCAUUUGCCGUAAAGGUGACUCUUAAUCAAGGCUCUCUUUUGUCGAAGUUUCAAUUAAUUUAUUGGUGAGAUUCUCAGUUGUAUUAGUCUAAUAACUCGAGCUCGGUGUAGAUGCAUGGCAAAAACUCAUACCAAUCAUGCUUUACAACCAAGACGCCGGUACUUGAUACCUCGGCAAGAAUGUCAGAAUCAGGCAGUAGUGCAAAUAAAUAGACAAAUUGAAAAAUAAUUUAUUGCUGUAGCUUUUUUGUUGGAAAACGAGCAGUGUGUGUUUGAAGUUCUCGGCAAAAUAAAUUAUUUGCAAUCGUUUGAUUUAGUCUCCGAUUAUUGUUGUUAUCAUACAUUGUACUCUUUAUCUGUCUUUUUAUUGGCUAAGACCCUACAGCUAAUUUUAGAAAUCAGCGCAACCUUUAGAUUAGUUAGUUAUCUGCUAUCAGAUAAUUGCUGACUAAUCUGUAGGUUGUGAGCGCAAUGCAUGAUUUCCGUGAGCAAUGUAAAACUAUGUCCAUGCGACGG